GGACCUGGUUGGGGAGAUUUUCACCAAGGCUGUUUAGGAAUUCUUUCAUUCUGGUAAAAUGCGAAAGGAGAUCAACUGCACUAUUUUAGCCCUCAUUCCAAAGGUAUCAAACUCUAAUUCUAUGAAGAAUUUUAGGCCUAUCUCCUGUUGUAACUUUGUCUAUAAGUGCAUCUCUAAGAUACUAGCUAAUAGACUUCAAUCAGUCUUGGCUCAGCUUAUAAGUCCUAACCAAUCUGCUUUUAUUAGAGGAAGGCUUAUUACAGACAAUAUAGUGCUAGCACAUGAAAUGGUGAAAUGGUAUAACAGGAAGAAUGUCUCUACUAGGUGUGCUCUGAAAAUAGACAUAAUGAAGGCUUUUGAUAGUGUUGAUUGGGAUUUUUUUUCUUUGUACUCUGGCUGCCAUGGGAAUCCCAGGAAAGUUUGUGAAUUGGGUGAAGGGUUGCUUAGACUCUACUAGUUUCUCUUUUUUCAUUAAUGGGGGAUUAACAGGUCUGUUUGAAGCUAGGAAGGGGCUGAGGCAGGGGUGUCCACUCUCGCCCUACUUAUUUACUAUUAGCAUGGAAGUGCUUAGUUGUAUGCUAAAUAGGGAAGCUGCUCGUGCCAUCUUGACCUAUCAUCCUCAGUGUAGGAGAAUCAGCUUAACACACCUGUGUUUUGCUGAUGACCUCUUGAGCUUUACCAAUGGGUCUGUGGAGGGGGUUUCAGUGGUUGCAAAGGUGCUCCACAAGUUUUAUCUAGUUUCAGGAUUAAGAUGUAAUCCAAGUAAGAGUGAAAUCUUUAGUGCUGGAGUCUCUGAGAAUCUGAAAGAGGAGCUGUUUUCGUGUGCUAGGUUUAAGGAAGGUAGAUUACCUGUUAGAUACCUUGGUUUGCCUCUGAAUGCAGGGAAGCUCUCUUCUGGGACUGUAAAAAUCUGGUAGACAGAAUUGCAGGGAGGAUCAUGGGUUGGCAUCCAAGACUUCUGACAUAUGCAUGGAAACUUGAGCUUGUCAUCUCAGUGCUGGCAAGCAUGAUUCAGUAUUGGAUGAAUGUCAUCCUCCUGCCUAAGAAGGUGAUCAAGCAAAUCGAAAACCUCUACUCACAGUUUCUCUAGAGUGAUUUUGAAAAAAAAAAAAUCAAAGUUUCAUGGAAGAUAGUGGCCCUACCCAAAGAUGAAGGUGGUAUGGGUUUCAAGGAUCUGUGCUCCUGGAAUAAAGCCUGUCUUACUCGACAUAUUUGACGCAUACUAUCUGAUAUGGAUAUGCUUUGGAUAGCUUGGAUAAAGGAGUAUCGCCUUCCAACAUGAGUAUAUGGGAGGUGAAAACUCGUGGGUCCUUGGUGUGGAAUAAAAUUCUCAUGCUGAGAGAUGAUGCAGCUGGGAAACUAUGUAGAACUAGCAGAGGAGUAGAGUGAGAAGGUGAGCAGAUGGACAGAUUCAGGAUUAGUAGAGUUUGGCAAAGCUUCAGGCCGCGAGGAGAUAAUGUGGGGUGGUCUAAAUUGGUUUGGAAAAGAGGUAUUCCCAAGAAUUCUACCUUUACUUGGUUGAUCCUAUUGGGACACAUUUUCACUAUGGAUGUUGUGCAACGCUAGAAUCCUGAGGUGACAGGUUCUUGCCCUUUUUGUAGUUAAGAGUUAGAGACUAAAAGUCAUCUCUUUUUUCAGUGUCCCUAUAUGCAGGAAGUGUGGAGCACUAUCUUCCCCCUCCCAUGGCGGAUUCCGAUUCCUAGUGACUUGCAGCAGUCCGUGGGUUUAGCUACUAGACACCUCAGCAAGUGCUUGAUGGGCAGAACCCUCUGGUGCCUAGUACUGAGUGAGAUCUGGCGUGAAAGACGCAUGAGAGUCUUUGGUGGGAAGCAUUUAAUGGUGGCAGAACUCGUCAAACGAACGCAGGGAGUGAUGGAAUCUAAAGAAGUAGGAGACUCAAAGUUUGCUGACUCGGCUCUGAUCCGCUCAUUGUGGUACAAAGUGUAGCCUGUUGUAGUUGUUCUCUGCUUCUGGUAUAGUGUGUAGUUGUGUUGUAGUUGUGCUGCAGAGACUUUCUUUUUUCUUUUCUUCUGCUUGUAGUAUAGCGUGGAGGUGGGUUGCGGUUGUUCUGGUUGAAUUUGUACAGAUCGUAUUUGAUGAAUAAAGAUUCACCCAUUCAUCGGAAAAAAAAACACUUAACAACCCCACUUAUUAUUCAAACAAGCCUAUACACUAGAUUUUAAUAAUUUAUACAAUAAGCCUUAUUUUUUUAGUUUUCUUCCAUAUUUGAGAUUUCUAGGCAUUAUCUUUUCGUUAUUCUCUUGAUUGUUUAAUAUACAUUCAAUUCCUACCAAUUUUAGAUGACAUAUAUUUCCUUCCAACUCCAAAAUUCAUACGCGACAAUAAAAAGUCCACAAAUUUCUCUAUGAUAUGAAAAAAUACACAACAGUACACUAGUACGACUUGAUAAUAAAAUAUAUAUUAACUAAUUAUAGCUAAUGUCAUUAUCAACAAAUACCAUAAAGAACAACACGCAACCAAAUGCGACAGUCGACGGCUAGUCGAAUUGCCGAUGAAAGGGUCGUUUGUGCCACUAAAUUGGCAGCCCUGUUGUACCUCCGAGGGGUAAAAGUACAAUAAAAAAAAAACUAAAAAACCACAUCAGCCUAAUCUCCUCUUGUAUUGCUCCGCCCAUCCCGUGAUCCACCUCCCAUUCCUGAACGCCUCAGACCAAAGAUUGGCAAUCCCCACAAAAAUUGAUAACAAGAAAGUUAUGUGUUAGGCACCACUACAUUGCAUCCCACAAAGCUAGCAAUUCCAUAAAAAUGGAUCUGUCAAACCUGUAUAGUAUUUCCCAAAAGAAAACACCAAGUCACCAUCCACUGAGAAACAUUUGAAGCCAAUAGCACCACUGUGGUCCUUUCUCCAAGCACCAUCAAACCGAACAAGGAUACCCGUUUUAGACAAGUGCCUGACGUCUCCCGCCCUGUCGUCCUGCCAUUGUCGGUGAAGGUAUCAGUGUCGAGUAUAGAUCCACUGUGUAAGGCCAUUGGAGUAGUUGCGGCCCGCCAUUCAUCCUCUUGUGACUGAAGUUGGCGCAAGAGAGUAGGGGCCAUGUACUGUAUACCUUUAUGAACAGUCCAACACCUGGAUUUUCAAAGCCUCCACAAAAGAAAAAACACUUUAGCAUAAUUAGUGCCACCGAAUCCGCUGUAAAGAGCACCUGCAACACAUCAAGGCGCCAACAAUAAUUGAUAGGACAGAUGAAUUCCGAGACAAAAGUAACAGUACAAUGUACACCCGGAAGCAAAGAAGGAGAGAAUGGAGGAGAAGAAGGCAGCCACUUAUCUGAUAACACCUGAACAGCAGUGCCUGAUCCGAUUCUCCACCGCAGACCCCGGGCAAGCAUAUCUCUACCUUCAAGAAUGCCUUACCAUGCCCAGGAUGGCCGCACACCCACUCUGGGCGAGAGUACUGACGUGUCAGGAUAAUAUUGGGCCUUGUAGAGAGUAGCCAAAGUCGCGAAAACCUAACCCGCCCUCAAACUUGCCGUGAUAAAUCUCAGGCCACGAAACCCAAUGUAAACCAUCCUGUCUUGAUCAGCCCACUCAAAGCGGGAGAGUUGGCCAUUCAACCUGCGAUAACUACAAGAAGGAAUACGAAAAGCAGACAUUGCAUAAAUGGAAGAAGCCGACCCGAUUGACUUCAUUACCGUCUCCUUGGCACAGACAUGGCUUUGCCCUUUCAUGAACGAAUCCUAGUAGCGAGUCCUUCCUCCAGAAAGAGAAAGGUGGGAGAUUUAGACACAUUAGCACUAACAAAAAAAUGGAAGAUUUAUGUAAAUUGACCCUUUGCCCACUCACAGUCCCAUACUCCUCAAACACAGGCAGUAAAUGUGAACAUUCAAGAACCGAGGCUCGCAAAAACAAAUAAGUAUCAUCUGCAGAAAAAAAAAAGUGUGAAGUGA